AUGAGCUCGCUCAUACUCGUCAGCAGCAUCGCUGGCGCUGUUCUCGCUAUUUCGGGCAUAAUCUGGUGCAUCAGUCAUGCUUACGGCGCCCGGCACGCGCCAUCGCGCCGUGUGUACGCGGAUGCGGAGAGCGUAACCCUUCAGGAGGAGAGCGCGUUUGGGGAUGCCCCUAGUGCGCAAGUGGGCGCGGGCAGAGGCGAUAAUGACGCUGCCUACACGCCAGCCUAUAACAGCGGCCAGAGGCCAAGUCAGAAUCUUCGCGACAACUACGCCGAUCGCGACGCCAUCGACUAUCGCGGGGAGAGCAAUAACAACUACUAUGGCCUCGAUGGCGGUGUGCGGCCGGCAUCGCCGAACGCGGAGCGCGUGGAGGGUAUCCCCAUCGAAGCCCGUGUGCGUCCACGGCGCAAUCUGCCACGUAAUCGAAUCGUCGUGCAUCAUGGUGACCAGGACGUGUGCCUUGAUUUCCGCGGCGUCGAACGCGUGCCCCAGGCCGGACCUCCACCGCUCACACUUGAAGAGAAGCAGCGCCUCGAGGAUGAGCAAAAUCGCAUUGCCUCCCCAGAGUUCUAUGGCCGCGCCGCGUACGAGGACCGGCGAGCCUCCGACAGAAAUACACCCAACGUGCGGCUCAGCUCUUCCUUGCUACAGGAGCUGCAGCUUCAGUACAGUAUGUCGCCAGGCUGCAGAGCUGCCCUCAACAACUACGCCACCGAAAGCAGCGUGGGGAGCAUGAGCUUCCGGCCAGGCUCGCCAGCUGGGUCGGCGCGGCACGCACGGCAGGGUUGGCAAAGUGCCACUCCAACCAGCACUAGCUUGCAGAACGGCAGCAUUGGCGGCCUCCAGUUUUUUCGCCGACGCAAGAAGUCGCCCACGCGCUAUGACAGAGGUGGCAGUACGAGCCCCAGCCAAGCCCUGCACCAGGUGAACUUCUCCUCGGCACCACGCAACCGUCAGGAAGAUCUCGAGAGCACCUCCGACGACUUCGAGGACGUUUCGCUGCACAACGCCCCCGCUCUUCCUCGUCUGGAGCAGCUGCGCGAGUUCUUGCUCAAGCAGGAGCAACAGACGGUGGGCCGACUAUCCCCAACGACGGGGCUGGAAAACGUAAACGGCUUUGACCAGAUUAGCCUGCACGGUACUUCUCCCGUCUUCUUAGAUCGCCAAGUGAGCGCCAGAGCAUCCGCAGCAAGCGUCAGCCCGGUCGGGCUUGGUGGAGGGUGGGCCGCAGCUGGCACAGGGGCGUCCCCGUAUAGCCAAAGUGUAGCGCCGUAUCCGCUCCACCACUCGACCAUGGUCGCUGGCCUGCCAGCCUUGAAUGCCUCCUUCCACAGCUACCAGUCUUGGUGCUCCGCAUCUGUCAACUCUCCCGUCGUGGGACUGGCAGGGUCGCCGUCCUACCCGCACGUGGGCUCGACAUCACCGCUUUCCGGCACUCACCCUGGAGCGGAAGAGGCAGGCGCCAGCGCGCGCACCGGUGUCAAGCCGCCUCACCCCGUUUUGUCACCGAGGAAGGCACCUGCAAGCACACGCCAUCAGACAUCACUUUCGGGUGCCGUGCACGGAAGCGGUAGCAACGCCGCAGUGCAAGCUUGUCAUGUCGGCACGUUCUCUUCGCCGUCGAAUCGGUGUAGCAGCGGCCUGCGCUCGCCAUUCUCUCUGCCUGGGAGUGACCCGGUGACAGCAUCCUGCUCGGCAAGCUCUGGGGGAGCGAGAGCACAGACUUAG